AUGCCAACUUCAUCCAAGGACAAGGAGGAGUCAAAGCUUCCUAUCGAGGAGAUGAAACCUGCUCACGAUAUGACGCUUGUCACCGCAGGGACCAAGUGCGCAGCCUUCGAUGACCGGGACGGGAAGUGGUUCAGCUCCCGUAUCGUGGAAGUGAACGAGGACGAGCAGACGGCCAAGGUUCACUUCAUUGGAUGGAGCAACAGAUUCGAUCGCUGGGUGAACUAUAAGGACCUGAGAGGAUACAUGGUCGAUUGCCUCAACCGCCUGCUGCCAAGAGACAAGCCUUCCCAAGACCCCAACCCCGAGGAUCCUGCGGGUGAUCAAGAGAAGGAUCCUGUGAUGGCUCCCUGGAAAUAUCAGUUUUUGUUGAACGGGGAGGAGCAAGAGUCGCAGCGGAUCUCGACGACGAAAAGAAACAUGAAGACAAACGCAGAGGGCAAGGUGAUCGACAAGAACAGGAAGAACAUCUAUGUCUGCCCUCUGCGGGAUGCGAUACUGCUAGAGGACAUCGAGGGUUUGAAAGUCAGCCUGCGAGUCCAGGCGUCAAAGCACUCUUUCAGUGACUGGAGUGCUUCUAAGCUCCUGACAAAGUGGCUUGCGAUGAACGGUGAAGGCAAGAGUCCGAACAAAAAGUCUCCGAAAGUUUUUGGUUGUGAUUGGUACGAUCUUGACUGGACAGGGUCUAUCUCUUCAGACAAGGUGAUUCAGGAAGAAGCUCAGGUUGAGAAGAAGAAGAAGAAGAAGAAGAACAAUCAAAAGACAGACGACGCUACUCCGGAGAAAACUCCAGAAAGCAGCGGAAAGAAGAGAAAAUCUGUGAGCAGCAACAGCAGCAAAUCGCCGAGGGAUAACAAAGUUCAGAAAACAUCUCAAGGUGAAGUCCAAGACGCCAAGACACUCCUUUCCGACGAAAAUGUUUUGAGCGCGAACAAGGACGCUCAAGAGACUGUUCCUACCGACGACAAAGAUCUGAGUCCAAACAAGAUGCCCAAAGAGGCAAUUUCUACCGAUGGCAAAGUUUUGAGUUCGAAGAAGAAGUCUAAAUCCAAGAAGUUGGAGUCCAAAGACUCCGGAAAGAAAACAAACAGCGUAAAGUCAAAGAAAGUGUCCAAACAGCAGCAGCCAACAGCUACAGCUGAUGACCUCGGAGUAACAGAGCUGGCUGCUGCGGAUUUUGCGCUGGCCCCGAUCGGUUCUGAGGAGGAGGCGAACAAGGGAGUCAAGGCAGAGACGGUGACGGUGGCAACCAAAAGCUCGAAUGAGGAUUACUUUCAGCUGGACGCCCGUCCGAGAAACCUUGAUCGUGAGCUGAGCCAACCGAGUCAUCAGACGGGGACAGGUCCUGUCCAGGUAGAUCCCACCAGCCAGCGCUCGAGAGUGAAGGAGGAGGUUGACGAGGAGGGAGAGGAAAAGGAAGAGCAGGGCAAAGAGAUCAAAAAGGACAAAGAAAUGCUCGGAAAUGCUGGAACGAAGGAGGAGGGAGUGGAUGAACUAGACGCGGCCGGCAGGUUGCAGGAGGAGAAUGGAGAUGUGGGAAUGGAGGAGGAGGAGGAGGAGGACGGAGGUAGGGGGACCAAGGAGCUGGAGAAAGCGAAGAUUGAUGAGGAGCAGAAACCCAAAUCAAGGGAGGAAUGCAGCGGGGGAGGUGGAGACGGCAAACUAAAUGUCUUGACUAGCGAGAAGAAGGGAGUUUUGCUUCCUACGUUUUCUUCUCCCUUCUGCCUCAAGCCGUUUGUCAAGCUCGGCGCCUGGGACGAAGGGUGA